CUUGUGCAUCGGACGUUGAAUUCAUCAAAUAUGGAUCCGUCUAAAAUAUUAGGAAUUUUGUGCAGAAAGUGCAAUAAGUUGAUUGACUUGAACGAUAAAAACCACAAAUGUUCAGCAACUACUGCUCAAGCUCAGUUCAAAUUUCAAAAACUUCAGCCUAAAAUGUCAUCUAGUGUAUCAUCGUAUUCUCCAAUGCCUUCAACUGUCACAAAACCAUCAUUGAUAUCAAACUUCUUGAAUGAAAUCGAACAAGAAGAACAAAGUGAUACUUCAAGCCUGUCAGAAAAUAAUUCUGAUGAUGAUGAUAAUGAGUUUUAUACCAAUCUGAUUACUGAGGUCAAUGAACGUAAUCCACUGUGGGAUCAUCGUCUCCCAAUGUCUGCACGUUAUGAGCCCAUCAAACAAAAUUUAUGGAAUGAAAUUUAUGUAGCAUUGAAAGGUAUAUAUCCAAUAGAUGUCUUGAAAAAAAAGUGGAAGUACCUCAGGGAAAAAUAUGUUAGGGAAAAAAGAAAACCGGCAAGUGGUGCUGCAGGA